UUUCCAGGGAGCAUUUUGUUCAGGACGAGGGGGGGAAGCCGUGCCGUUAUGUGGACAGACUGCGGGGUUGUAAAAGUGUUUAAACGGAUUUAAACGCCAACUGAGGAUUGUUGUUUUUAACCUUAUUGGUAAAGGAUCUCGUCGGGGUUGCAGUUUGUCGAUAGUGUCCCGUAAAGUCACAAGUUUAAUCGAAUAACGUGGAAGGAAGAGGACUCGGUGGAUUCGUGCAAAGUCGGUCUCGGUAGCAUUCUCAAGAUCGUUUAUUGAUGGGUACAUACUGUGAGGCGACACACCAAGAGAACUGGAAAUCAUUCAAAAGAGACAGGACCUGCGAAAGAAUGAAGACGAGCUAGAUGUCUUCAGAGAACUGUCGAAGUUGAGCUUUCUUGGAAGAGUACACCUGCGGCAAAUGUGUACCUGGACUGAGCACAUAAUCAGAGAAACCUGAAAAGUGGCUUUGCUGCCGUGAAGCUCGACUUCGAAAGAACACAUUGACACAAAGUGAUCACUAUGAGUGCUGAAGGGUAUCAGUACAGAGCGCUUUAUGACUACAAGAAGGAGAGGGGGGAGGACAUUAAUCUGCAUGUGGGGGACACGCUGUUGGUGAGUAAAGGGGCUCUGGUGGCCCUCGGGUACACUGAUGGGCUGGAGCAGAGGCCUGAUGAGAUUGGCUGGCUGCCAGGCUUCAAUGAAACCACUCAGGAAAAAGGGGACUUCCCUGGGACAUAUGUCGAGUACGUCGGAAAGAAAUGGAUCUCUCCGCCUACACCUAAGCCGAGGCCCCUCAGACCCUUACCUGUAGCUCCGGGGGUCUACAAGACGGAGGCAGACUCCGACUCAGAGCAAGGCUGCAGUCUGCUGGACCUGACGGAGCAGUUUUCCCUCCCAGAGACAACUCCCCCCUUGCUCGCCAGACUGCUGGAGUCUGUGGAGAAGAAAGGUCUGGAUAAUCCUACGUUGUAUCGAACAUUCACUGCUGGCGGUGGACUUGAAGUCAGGCAGUAUUUUGAUUGCGAUCCUGCGUCAGCAGACCUGGAUCAGUUUGAACUUCCCGUCCUGUGUGAUGGUCUGCGCAGGUACCUGCAGGAUCUCCCUCAGCCCAUCAUCCCCACUUCAUUGUACGCUCAGAUGGUUCACACUGCCAAAGAGGUGGUGAAUCCUGAGGAAUGCGCCCAGCUGCUGCGUCGCAUCGCCAGCACCCCGAGCCUGCCUCCACAGUACUGGCUCGCCCUCCACUGUCUGCUCAGGCAUUUCGCUAGAGUGUGCCAAAACGGCCCCAAGAACCUGCUCAGCGCCAGAGCUCUGGGAGAAAUCUUCAGUCCCGUGUUUUUCAGACAACAGACCACCAGUUGUGAACCCAGCUCGGAUGCUCACAUCAAGAUCAUUGAAGUUCUGGUCACCAGUGAAUGGAGUGAAAGCCAGUCAGCUCCAGCUCUACCUCCAAAGCCACCCAAGCCCGCCUCCGUGACUAACAACGGCAUGAACAACAACAUGGCUCUGCAAGACGCCGAGUGGUACUGGGGGGACAUCUCGAGGGAGGAGGUCAACGAGAAGCUGAGGGACACCGCCGACGGUACGUUUCUGGUGAGAGAUGCUUCGACGAAGAUGCACGGAGACUACACUCUGACUCUGAGGAAAGGAGGAAACAACAAGCUCAUUAAGAUAUUCCACCGGGACGGGAAGUACGGCUUCUCGGACCCUCUGACCUUCGGCUCCGUCGUCGAGCUCAUCAACCACUAUCGCAACGAGUCGCUGGCUCAAUACAACCCCAAGCUCGACGUCAAGCUGCUCUAUCCCGUCUCCAAACACCAGCAGGAUCAAGUGGUGAAAGAAGACAACAUCGAAGCUGUGGGGAGGAAGCUGUGCGAGUACCACCAGCAGUACCAGGAGAAAAACAAAGAGUACGAUCGCCUGUACGAAGAAUACACCAGAACGUCACAAGAAAUCCAAAUGAAAAGGACGGCGAUAGAAGCUUUUAACGAAACCAUAAAGAUAUUCGAGGAGCAAUGCCAAACACAAGAGCGGUACAGCAAGGAGUACAUCGAGAAGUUCAGGAGAGAGGGCAACGACAAGGAGAUCCAGAGGAUCAUGGGAAACUACGAGAAGUUGAAAUCCAGGAUAAGCGAGAUCGUGGACAGCAAACGUCGGCUGGAGGAGGAUCUGAAGAAGCAGGCGGCAGACUACAGAGAGAUCGACAAGAGGAUGAACAGCAUCAAGCCUGACCUCAUCCAGCUCCGCAAGACCAGAGACCAGUAUCUCAUGUGGUUGACCCAGAAGGGAGUGAGACAGAAGAAGCUCAACGAGUGGCUCGGAAUCAAGAACGAGAACACAGAAGAUCAAUAUUCUAUGGUCGAAGACGACGAAGACCUGCCUCAUCACGACGAGCGCUCCUGGAAGCUGGGCAACAUCAACCGACUGCAGGCGGAGGCUCUCCUCCAGGGCAAGAGAGACGGAACAUUCCUGGUCCGAGACAGCAGCAAAGCAGGAUGCUACGCCUGCAGCGUUGUCGUGGAUGGCGAGGUGAAGCACUGCGUCAUCAACAAGACCCCCUCAGGUUAUGGCUUCGCCGAGCCGUACAACCUGUACGGCUCCUUAAAGGAACUCGUCCUUCACUACCAGCACACGUCUUUGGUCCAGCACAAUGACUCUCUGAAUGUGACGCUAGCGUACCCGGUCUACACCCAGCAGAGACGGUGAGGACCCCCACCCCCCCUCCUCUCUCUUUACCCCCCGCCUGCCUGGACGGAUGUUUUCCACACGGACACGGAGAGAAAGGCCUCAUCGGAUUUGGAGUAGGAGAUGAAAAACGUCCCUGGGACUCCAUGAUUUAAAAAAUGAACGAGGCUCUGUUUGCCGAAACUCGGACAUGGGGAAAAAAAGAAAACAGAGCCUGAAACAUUUCAGUGACUUUUGCUCUGACCACGAGCCUGCGGCGAGUCUGAAUGUAGAUUUCUUUCUCUUUUGCUUUUGUCGUGGGAGCACAGAAUCAAGCGGAAACUGCUGAACUCUCCCCCAGCAGAGGACAUCUGAGGCCUUUUCCUAAUGGUGCUUGUUCUUUUUUUUUUUUUUUUCAAAGCUUUACCAGCCGGGAAUGUCUAAUCGCAGCAAGAUAAACUCUUCAAAUGGAACCGUACCCAUCGGCCACAUCUCUGUUUUUUCCACUUUUUCUUUUGCCCUUUCAUGUCAUCUACGAGCGUGCGAGUGUGUGUGUGUUUCUGCACAAGUGUUUCUGUGUAUGUGUCAGUUUGUGUGUGAGUGAGUGUGAUUGUCCAUGUGACCAAAACUCAUAGAAUCAGGAAAGUGUGUGACGUCUGUGGGGGAGUGUAACACAUUUGUUUGUGUUGACUGUUGAAAAGCGGACCUCGUGUCGGCUGAUAAAUGUAGCAAAAUGGCACUUUUUUUAAACAAAGUUUAAUUUUUGUUUUUUUUGAAAAAGACUCCUAUGGACUUUUUAAGAGAAAAGGCGGAGCAGACGUCUUCAUCCUGCCCUCCUCUCAGUCGAGCAUUAUAGCGCAGAAGUAAACUUUGAUCUUUACUGUGGGGCGGUGCGAAAAAACUCUGAACGGACUUCGUAUCUCGUGUACAUAUGUGAAAACGUCAUGAAUCAAAGUGCACCAUACCAAAAAGGAUCACUUCCUGUUGAGUUGUAUUCUGAUCUGCUAUGCAAUCUUUUUCUCCAUCCCUCUUUGAGGACGGAGUCUUCGUUCUGUUGCAGACCCACGAUAUAAGCUUGUUUUAUUGCUUGAAAAGUCUCUUUUUCCUGUGUGAAUAUCCCCUCAGAGGAUAUUUAGUGUCAAAAUGCUACGAUACAGUGAAAACAAAAAAAACUGCUUCUGAUUUUUAAAAGAUGAUGAUAAUAGCAACAUACACUUUAUUCUAAAAGACUUUAACAGCUGGCGUACAGAUGGAAGAGAUGAGUAUUUUAUUAGACUUAUUUUGCUUCAAACUAAUGUUCUUCUCAGGCAGAGCGUCUCGACUCUUUGAGCCGCUUCGGUCACGACGAGAACGAAGAUUUCUCACAGAGCUAAACGUCUUUGUUUGGACGGACAAAGAGAGCACUCAGAGAAACGGGGAUGAUGGGAUUGUACGACCCCUCCCCCCCUUAAGAGACCAUCAUCAUGGAAAACCACAGUAUAGAUUUAUUUUGUUAUAAAAUAUAUAUGUUCCCACAUGAGAAUAUAUCAAAGCAGGCCGGCGUCUUCAGCCGACGGAUAUUGUUGUUAAAGAUCGAUAAACAUUGUCCACUUAGUAUUUUUCUGUAUCAGAAAAUCACUGUGUUUACAUAGGUGGAUCAGCUCAUUUCAGAUCUGUCUCUAAUUUCAUAUUUCAGAGGGGAAAAUAGGACGACACGCGUUAGUGAGAUCCUUAAAAACUCAACAGCUCAACCAUAUUGUUUCCUGUACCCAUAUACUUCCCCCCCCCCCCCCCCCCCCCAUUUAAACGGUACGUGUUUAAACCCAGCAAACUGGAUUAUGAAUAAUCCGAGAGUGUUCAGGCCCGGUUCUACAAGAGGGGGCAAAAGGACGCAUGGCACCCUCAAUUGAAUGGAUGCAACAAAACUGCACCCCCUUAAAUCUCAGUUGCACCUUAAAGGCCUUUGCACACCGAGUCUGUUGAUUUUUACGUCCGAAAUUGACGCACGUUAAAAAAAGAAAUAGAAUCUCAUGUUAUGUGAAACAUGUUUGCACACUGACUGCGAAAUGUUCGUCUGUCGAUUUAAAAAAAAAAAAAAUACAGAAACUCUCCUUUUUAGACAGGUGAAACUCUCCUUUAUCGACAGGUGAAACUCUCCUUUACCGACAGGUGAAACUCCUUUAUCGACAGGUGAAACUCUCCUUUAUCGACAGGUGAAACUCCUUUAUCGACAGGUGAAACUCUCCUUUAUCGACAGGUGAAACUCUCCUUUAUCGACAGGUGAAACUCUCCUUUAUCGACAGGUGAAACUCCUUUAUAGACAGGUGAAACUCUCCUUUAUCGACAGGUGAAACUCCUUUAUAGACAGGUGAAACUCUCCUUUAUCGACAGGUGAAACUCUCCUUUAUAGACAGGUGAAACUCUCCUUUAUUGACAGGUGAAACUCUCCUUUAUCGACAGGUGAAACUCCUUUAUAGACAGGUGAAACUCUCCUUUAUAGACAGGUGAAACUCUCCCUUAUAGACGGGUGAAACUGUCCUCGCUCUUGCCUUGUUUUCAGGCAUGGACAGACACCGUUGUUUGAGUAUGAGACAUUUUGUUUCAUACUGCCAAUUUUCGCAAAUAAUAGAAGAAUUAACGCAGCAGACUCGGAGUGUGUGCGUUACAUUUUUUUUAUCGUUCUGAAUCUGAAAAACGAACUCGGUGUGCAAAGGCCUUCAGUCAUUUUGUUCUUGAGCCGGGCCUGAAGUGUUUAAAUUAAGCAAAAAGAAGUUCCAAUUUAUCGCCCUGAUGUCUAACCAAUGUGAGAAAUGACAAACAAACCACUCAGAAGACAUUAUUAAUAAUAAUAAUAAUAAUAAUAAUAAUUGUAUUUCACAAUCCUAGAUCUACCUGCCAUUAAAUGAUGUAGACGUGAUAUUUUUUACCCCCCAAAUAAUGUACUCCUGGUCAGCCCAGCUGUCAAGUUAAACUCUUAAAUGUAUCUUUGUAUAACAAUUUGAAUUGUAACAAAUGUUAACCCAUUUUUGAUUUGUCCAAUUUGACUCUUAAUUCUCUCCGAGGUCGGCACGACUUCUCUUUGUGGAGACAAAAAAUAAAAAUGCUCUAGGUGUAAAAAAAGAAAAAAGAAAAAAAAGACGGCUAACGGAUAAAUGAAACUUUUAUUCGCUAAGAAAAAACAACCACAAGUGAAUUCUUUGGACUUUAAAACAUGUUGUUUUUUAUUUUUUUGGCGUAUUAUUCUAAGCCCUGUCAUGACACAAGCUACUAAAGCGUGUUUUUAGAUGUACUGUUAGGUUUAAUAUUUGGUUCUUUCUAAGCUGUUAACAGACGUCGAGGAUCUUUGAUUGUUUCACGGGAAGAUUUGAUUGACCUCCCCAACAGCUGCUGGCAUGAACUUUUUCGUUUGUCCAAAAUUAUUUCUUCUUUUUUAAGUCCUUGGACGUCAUGCACCAUUAUUUUCUUUGCCCUUAUUCUGGGUUGUACGAUUAUUUUAGGUGUCUCUCCUUUUUUUUUAUUUGAAGCUCAUCUUUUUGUGGGUGUCCCAGACAUGAUGAUUGGAUUGAGAUUUACCAGUGUUCCCCCAGUUUUGCUUCAAAUCUGUAUUGGGCUUUGUUAAAAAAAGGAAAUAAAACACUUCUUUUUAAGAAAAUAA